AUGAUGUGCUCGAUCUCGGCCGCGAAGGGGGUAAGCCUCCCGGAGGAGCAACUCACAGGGCAACUCAAUGUCCGCAACACCUUCAUCGAUUCGGAAGAUGCGGAGUCGCUCCAAGAGCGAUUCAGCAACAUGCGCAAAGUGAGCUCCUGUCCAGCUCUUUAUGCACACAAGGUUGACGAGACAGACACGGCCGAAAGAUUGCUGGCUGAGCCUCGAGGACAAGACUCUCCAGCACACAAGGCCGAGACUACCGAUCCCUCGCGGACGCGGCUUUCCAGCGGCGCCAAGAUGUUCCAACCACGGCCUGCAGCCACAAGUACCACCUUCUAUGCCACCCCAGCACGACCUUGCUUGCAGGUGCCACCCACACCGUCGAACAUGAUGAGUUUUCCGGCCCCCAACUACUCUCCGAGCAGAGCUCAGGUGGUCCUGGGGUCUCCGGCGCUGCCGAGCCUGGGAUCUGGCGGCCACGCCACCCACGAGUGCAAGCCGUGCGUCUUCUUCCACAAGAAGGAGGGGUGCGCCAGUGGGAGGACAUGCUUGUUCUGUCAUCUUUGCGACGAAAGUGAGAAGCGCCGUCGGCAGCGCCAGCGCCGCAGGCGAUUGGCAGAGCCCAAUAUCUAG